AUGACAUACAACUUUGCCACAGGAGCAAAAGAAACCACUGAUAACAGCUUGUGGAGGCCAGGCACAGGAUGUGUUUUCUCUGCUGCCACACAUAUUGCAACCUGCAGUCUGGGACAGGGCUCUGGGUGGCAGAAGGAGGCAGCGUGGCCCCUGAGAGAAACAACUGCCACUUCUUCCUUUCUUUACAGUCAGCUGGAUUUUCACCAUCAUUCUGUGGAUCAUGUUCUGAUGGUCAAAACCAAGAGUGUUCAGCUGAUACGUUUAAGUGUAGGGAUGCUCAUUGACAAGAGUUCAUUAGAUGAAACUACGUAUGAAAAACUUGUUGAAGAAACACUGGAGUCAUUAGUGGAUUUCUUUAAGGAUUUGGCAGACAAGCAUUUUAUUCCUGAAGAUUAUGAUGUACCCUUUGGGACUGGAGUGCUAACAGUUAAAUUAGGUGGAAACAUGGGAACCUAUGUGAUCAACAAACAGACCCCAAACAAACAGAUAUGGCUGUCUUCGCCAACCAGUGGCCCCAAGCUAGAAAUGUCUGUAAAAAUCAAUUACAGGGCUGUGUUGAACCAGAAUGAUCAGGUUGUGUGUCUCAUCUGUAACUUAAUGAGCAUCGUCGCAGAGGUCGCUGUGGUCCGUCCAACCGUCUUGGUGGCUCCUGAUGCAUGCCGAUAA